UUUUACUGUUUUGCAAAUUAACAUUUGGCAACACCGACAGAGUUACACUCUCUCAAGACAGCCUAGUCACCGUCCUUUUGUCCAUCAUAGAACUCUUCGAUCUGAUCUCUCUCCUAGUCUCUCUCUCUGAAACCCAUAAAGGCUUUCUCUUUCUUUCGCUAAGCCUGACUGUGAAUCUCUGAUUGAUCUUGUGGGUUGGUGGAAAUGGCGGGAGGAGUGAACAGGAAGAUAUCAGCGGCGUCGGCCAGAGCUCACACCAGAAGAGCCAAGCAAAAUAGUUCCUUCCAGCUUCCUCCAGGGAUGUUUAUGAAAGCACUAGUUGCAUUGUUUAUUGGAUUUUUGGCAUGGACAUAUCAGGCAAUCCAACCUCCUCCAUCGAAGAUAAUUGGCUCUCCUGAUGGGCCGCCUGUUACAGCACCAUUUAUUAAACUUAGUGAUGGAAGGCGUUUAGCCUACAAAGAGCAUGGGGUCCCAAAAGAGAAUGCAAAGCAUAAAAUAGUUUUUGUCCAUGGUUUUGAUUCUUGCAGGCAUGAUGCUGUCGUUGCUGAAACCCUGUCUCCGGAAACUGUUGAAGACUUGGGGAUCUACAUUGUGUCUUUUGACAGACCUGGUUAUGGAGAAAGUGAUCCUAAUCCAAAGCGCACAGUGAAGGGUAUGGCUUCAGAUAUAGAGGAGCUGGCUGAUCAAUUGGGUUUAGGACACAGAUUUUAUGUAAUUGGUUUCUCCAUGGGUGGACAGGUGCUUUGGAGCUGCCUCAAGUACAUCCCUCACAGGCUUGCAGGAGCAGCAAUAUUAGCUCCAGUGGUUAACUACUGGUGGGCUGGUUUUCCUGCAAAUCUAUCUACUGAAGCUUAUUCCCAACAGCUUCAGCAAGACCAAUGGGCACUUCGUGUGUCUCACUACACCCCUUGGCUUACCUACUUCUGGAACACUCAAAAAUGGUUUCCUGCUUCAAGUGUUGUGGCUCACAGUAGAGAUAUUCUUUCUGACCAAGACAAAGAACUCAUGGCUAAGCUUGAGAAAAGAGGAACAUAUGUGGAACAGGUAAGACAACAAGGAGAAUUCGAGUCCCUUCACCGUGACAUGAUUGUUGGAUUUGGGACCUGGGAAUUCACCCCUCUGGAUCUUGAAAACCCAUUCCCUAACAAUGAAGGUUCCGUCCACUUGUGGCAUGGAGCUGAUGAUCGUUUGGUACCUGUUAAACCGCAACGCUACAUUGCUCAACGGCUUCCAUGGAUUCACUAUCAUGAGCUGCCAGGUGCUGGGCACUUGUUCCCACAUGCUGAUGGGAUGUGUGAUAAUAUUGUCAAGGCACUUUUAACUGAGGGGUAGCAACCUUCCAAAUGCUUAAUGAGCUACCUCAGAUGAACUUUUUUGUGCAUUUCUUCUCCAAUACGGAGAGAUAAAAUUUCAGUUGAUCAUAUUGGUAUGUAUGAUAGAUCUUGUAUUAGCCAGCUUCCUUUAUAUAUUGUUGCAUCACAAUGAAAUUGUUUCUUAGGGAUUGAAUUUUAAAAAGUUGGGUUUAAGAAAGCGAAACCAGGAUUGCUUUUUGGUAGUA